AUGUCUUGUGAUGUGGUGGUUGUUGGUUCUUGCAAUAUUUGAUCAAUAGCUUACGCGCCUAGACUACCAUCUGUGGGAGAGACGGUUCAUGGCACAAAGUACGAGGUGGUUUGGAGGAAAAGGUGCAAACAGAGCGUAGCAGCUGCAAAACUGUGCGCCAAGGUUCUUAUGGUUGCGAAAGUCGGGGAUGAUGCCAAUGGUUAUGAGUACAUAAAAAAUAUGGAAAGUCUGGGAGUCAAUGUAGACCACAUAACCAUCAGCAAAGAAGCUUGUACAGGUGUCGCGCCUAUAACAGUGGUUGAUGGUGGGGCUAAUAGAAUCAUCAUCUUUCCUGGAGCCAAUAUGCUAUUAUCAUCUAAGGACGUUGCCCGCGCCGCUAGUGCAAUUAAGGCGGCAAAGGUUAUGGUCUGUCAAUUAGAGAUUAAUGAGGAAACAACACUGUAUGCCCAAUCUGCUAAAGAAGCGGGUUUAAUGACCAUCUUAAACCCAGCACCAGCCCCUUCUAAUAUUAGCGAUGAGUUUUUCAAAUAUUCAGAUAUAAUUUGCCCAAAUGAAAAUGAAGCUUCACUUUUGACUGGCAUUGAUGUUGUGGAUAAAGUAUCUGGCACUGCAGCGGCAGAAAAACUGGUUGAUGGCUGUAACACCUGUGUUGUAACUCUUGGUGAAAAUGGUUGUGUAUUUGCAAAAGCAAAUAUGAAAUCUCAACAUGUGCCUGGCAUAAAAGUUGAGGCUAUAGACACAACAGGAGCUGGAGAUGCCUUCAUUGGGGCACUUGCUUAUUUUCUAUGUUAUUUCAAAGACUUGGGGUUCGUAGAAAUUCUUUCCAGGUCAUGCAAAGUUGCUGCACAAAGUGUGACAAAGAAUGGCACACAAACUAGUUACAGGUCGAAGAAUCAGCUACCUGUGGCAUUAUUCCAAUGAAACUAGCACCCAAAUACCCUGUGUGAAGCUGCUAAUUUCAUGUAAUCCGUAAUUUAAAUCGAGUUCAUAAUUGCAUUCUUUGAACCUAUCAACUCACUCUCCUCAUAUUGCCCCAUUUAAAUGGUGUUAGGCUUAUAUGAGUAAAUUCUGCUAUCACUUGGCUUUUCCUACCACAAGCAUCCAAUUGGAUAGGAUGGACAGGGAUAAAAAGUUGCAUCCAGGCACUUGCAAACCACUACGAUUGUUUUCAGUCUUAGCCACCCACCAAUUCAAGUCAAUUACAAAAGCCAGCAUUUGCUACUUCUCUUAAUACUUACAUAAUUCUUAAUCUGAUCAACAGACCUGUCACAAAUUAUUCAAAUGAAUGACUCUAAAUUGAUAUAAAGAACUUUUAAUUCAGUAUUUAGUCAUGAAAAAAAUGGAGUGCCAUAAUUGUAUAAAAUUGUGUGGUCUAAUUUUAAGAUAUGCAAAUAAAUAUAUCAUGUUGCAAUAUAUAAUGAUCAAUAUUUUGGUUCUAUUGGGGAUCAGUUUAACAAUCUGAUCCGAUAGGAAUUGAGGGAACACCAAUUUUGUGCUAUCAAAAUUGCAGUUUUGACAACAUUCUGUGCUACCUGUUCCGACAAGUUCCCGUGUCAUAUCCCUGUAUUAACAGUCCCCCACCUCAAUUUGUCUAAUUGUAAUCUCCAUACACCUACAACAAAUACAUUCCACAGAUAAAAAG